AGGUAGAAAAUGAAAAAGGAGUUCUUCCAAAAAGGACAAAUUAACCAAACACCCUUUUCAUAAAUCAACUCUAUGUGCAAGCUUUCCCACAUAAAAUCUAGAUAUAAACCAUUAAUCUCAGGAGACCACAAUUCUCUUGAGAGAAAGAUGGGUUUCAGGAGCUACCAUGUACAAGAACAAAACUUAUGCUUUCAAGCUACAGCUCCUACCUUCAUCGAAUGGCUCAAGCCCUGUUCUUCUUCACUAUCUUCAUCCCCAUCUUCUUCUUCUUCAUCUGAAUCUGUGUCUCCACAAAUCCAAUUCCCAAAUCCAGCCAUGAACAUCUUGAAACUUCCUCUGUCAUUCCAGCAGCAGCAGGACAUCCAAUGCUUGCCUCUGUUGAGCAGGCUUACAGACAACAAGUCAUUGAAGGAGGAAGAUGAAGGAAUUCAAGGAAAAGAAGAUCAGAAGAUGAAUAAGGUCACGAUUUCCUUGCACAUUGGAUUGCCUAACACUGUAGAUGAUCCUACUCUGGAGAAUAACAGGAUCAUUUUCAAAGAAGAAGAGGAACCUCCCAUGAAGAAAAGAUUCCAUGGAGAUUCUUUCAACACAGAGAGUAGGUUUUGGAUCCCAACACCAGCACAGAUCCUAGUUGGUCCGAUGCAGUUCGCUUGUUCCAUCUGCAGCAAGACAUUCAAUAGGUACAAUAACAUGCAGAUGCAUAUGUGGGGGCAUGGCUCUGAGUAUAGAAAAGGGCCAGAUUCCCUCAAAGGAACACAACCAGCAGCAAUGCUGAGGCUGCCCUGCUAUUGCUGUGCUCAAGGAUGCAAGAACAACAUCAACCAUCCGCGGGCAAAGCCAUUGAAGGACUUCAGAACACUGCAAACACACUACAAAAGAAAGCAUGGUGCCAAGCCCUUCAUGUGCAGAAAAUGUGGGAAAACCUUUGCUGUUAAGGGAGAUUGGAGAACUCAUGAAAAGAAUUGCGGAAAGUUAUGGUACUGCACCUGUGGCUCUGAUUUUAAGCACAAGAGGUCACUAAAAGACCACAUUAAGUCCUUCGGUAAGGGCCAUUCUCCUCACCCUUCCCUUGAAGGGUUUGAAGAUGAGAAGGAAUGCAUCACUGGUUCUGAAGAUGAAUUUGCUCACUAAAGCUAGCUAGCUGGAGUUUGAUUUGGUAUUUUAAAGUACUAAUCAGUUGCAGAAGUUCUUAAUUAGCUUCAUCCACGGCUCAUGCUCGGUAACAAAAAGUUCUCAAAAAUGUGUGUUAGGCACAAAGGGAGCGGUUUGCUAUGGAGCACUUGCUGGGAGAUGAAGCCUAGUAACUUAAGAGAGUGUUUGCUUAGGAGUCAAGUAAUAAAUAAUGGGUUGCCUCAAGUGGUGAAGUUGAAGAAUUUUCUUCUCUAAAAUGAUACAGAGGAGUAGCAUAGUCUAUUCAACUUCAUUAUGUUACCUCUCUCAAAAAAAGGAGAAAAUUUAUCCGCUUCACCACUCAAUGGUAUAAUCCCAAAAUAUAUUAGAGAUUGCAUUUUGUUUAAUUUCUAAACAUUAUGGUUUCUCUUGUCUUUCUAUAUAUGUAUCUUGGUUCUCAAGUCCUAUUUUG